ACUUUUUUCAGCUUAAUUGACAAUAAUACUCAUCAAAUUACUUUGAAAAGUACUAUUAAUUAGCUUUAGAACGUUUUAGAAGUGUUAAAGAAGUCAAAACCGUCAAUAAAGUAGAUAAUUAUUAUAGAUGUUCCCUUGGUCCAGAUCUUGCACCGCUGGAACUAUCAUUACUUUUGAUGAUCUUUGGUGGAACGAAAAUAAUAAUUUCCACAAUUUUUAGCAAAACAUGGGAUGUAAAUUAUAUUAUUUACUGGCAUUCUCUAGAUACGAAAGAUAAUGUGAAUUCUGAACUUUUCAGAAUAGAAAGUAUUUGGAGAAUUUGUCUAGAAUUAUGGAAUCAUUUUAUUAUACAUGUAAAAGGUUAGGAGGAACUGACAAGUAAGGUUAGGAAUCUGUGGAAUAAGUUGAAUAGCAAUGAUAAAUUCAUUACAUAAGAAGAAAACUUAAACAAAGACUAACAAAAUGUUGUGUUACAAUGGAAAACUUAGUUUAUUUUGUUUUACUGCGGCUGCUGUAGUCGCAGUUCUACCAGAAAUACUUUUGAGGUUAGAAUUCGAUGUUCCUCAUACGUAUUUCAAUAAUAUUUGGCUUACUCAUCUUUUUCAAUACAUAGUUUUAAAUGUACUCGUACUUCUGGCCUUUCGUGGCUUUUCGUAUCAGGUCGCUGUAAGGGCUGUUUUUCUAGGAUAUGUUUUUGGUACUGGAAUUAUAGUAUCAUUUGCUGCACCAUCUUCGUGGCAAAUGUUUGGAAUAUAUAUCACUGUCUUGGCUACAUUUCAUUACACAGAAUUCUUGAGCAUAGCUUGGAUAAAUCCAACGACUCUAUCUAUUGAUAGCUUUAUUUUAAAUGAUAGCAUAGCUUAUGGUGUAGCAGCAUGCUCCAGUUGGAUAGAGUUUAUGACAGAAAGGCACUAUUUUCCAAUGUGGAAAGAACCUUCUUCCAUAUCAUAUUUUGGAUUAAUAUUAUGUAUUGGUGGAGAAAUUUUAAGGAAGUCAGCCAUGUUUACUGCAAAACACAAUUUCAAUCAUAUUGUACAAAGUGAGAAGAUGGAUAACCAUGAACUUGUCACUUAUGGAGUGUACAGGCUUUGUAGACAUCCUAGUUAUGUAGGUUGGUUUUACUGGUCUAUUGGAACACAGCUGAUACUUCAGAAUCCAUUUUGUCUUUUGGCCUAUGCAAUAGCAUCUUGGAAAUUUUUCCAUGACCGCAUUUUGUUUGAAGAGAUUACUUUGCUUAAUUUCUUUGGAGAAGACUAUCUUCAAUAUCAGAAGAGAGUGGGUACAGGACUACCGUUUAUAUCUGGUUACAAAGUUAAUUUAUAGCAGCCGGUAUCUGUUUAAAUAAUAGCUUACAAAUGCUUCAUUUGAAUUUCUAUCAAUAAUUGAUAGAAAUUGUGUUAAUUUCUCAGGUAUAAUAUUAUGGAUUUAUUUGUACUAAUGUUUUUUUUUAUCAGUUAUUCUUUAUAAGGACACAUCUUUGCCAUUAAUCACGAAAUAAUGAUUAAACAGUAUUCUUAACAAAAUUAUAUUUAUUGUCUCAUUUCACUUUGAAGAAUUAUUCUUGUAACAAUAGACUACACUUUCAUGUUAUGUUAGAUACUUUCAAUUGACGAUUAUACAUUCUUGUUUUAUAUUUACGUUUAUAUACAUAUAUAAGCUUACAUUAAAGCUUAUACAUAAAACAUUCAGAAAGCAUUUGUUCGAUGUUGGAUAAUAAGAAGGUGCUAGAUCGAAGCAAUAUACUUACAAUUGUAUAUAGUAAAUUUCUGUACACAGUCAUUUACAAUAUAUCGAUAAAGUUUUGAUAUAUUUUAAAAAAUUCUAUGCGGGUAUUGCCACAGCAUGGUUCGCAAAGAUAUUUCGUGGCCGAUUUGUUUUAUCUUCUAUGAAAUUAAAGAAUAUAUUCAAGUUAAAAGAGAAAAGCUCGUGAAUAUACGUGUUAUCGGCUACGAAAAAGUGAAUGAACCUGAUGUUAUUGUUGCGCAUUCAAUUCGAGUCUUUCCUGUUCAUUGAUUCAUUUCCUCUAAGGAAGUGAUAAUUACUUUCACGCAAGAAACAAGCAUUUAUAAUUGACAGUGAGUCAUUUAACAGAUAAACGCAUUAAUAAAAAUCAUCACUUUGUAACGUAAAACUACGAUGUAAUAUUCUAAUAAUAAUAAAUAAUAAUCUAUGAAAGUUUUAUCUAAACAUUG